UUGAGCGUAGGACUAUGCAGAGAAUGAAACUGCACUAUUUUGCUGUGUGGCAAUGUCAUAAGGAGUGCCAAAGAAACACAACAUCCAUAUAAGUCAUAUCCUACAGAAAAUCUCAUUUUCUGUAGAAUUGGAAUUAUCUUAAAUAGGAGGACACAAGCUCUUACUUUCUAUCCUUGGAGGCACAAGGCUAGAACAUCAAGAUCUCAAUGCAUUGGCACGAGAGGGUAAACUCCAAUCUGCGCGGGGUGUUUGAUAAAAUGUUACCGAGAGAGAUGUGGUUUAUUGGAAUUCAACGAUUACAGUCUAUUGACAAUAUGAGUGUCUCCUGAAUCAAAUAAACUCACAGAAACGGGUUUGAGAACCAUAAACUACCAAGAGCCCGUAGUAGUACUCCUAUAGAUGACGUAAAGUAUAUAGGAUGUACCACGGAUUUUGGGGAAAAGAAUAACUCUGAAAAGAGAGUUUGAGCAUUGCUGGUGCGAGAUAUCAUAGAGUGAUUGACAAACAAUAGAAUUUAUCCAAAUGUUAUAUUCAUCAUACGAUACAGUACAAUAUAUUACAAUAAGGUACGAUAUGUUAUGAAACCAUAGGUAUCAACCAUCCAAACAAGCUGUAAGAAUUUCAAGUUACUUUCAAGGAUACCAGAUUGAUAACUCUAUAGGACUUUUGCCAAAAGUUCUUAAGCCAAAAAAAUACAAAACAACGCCUCUAUCUCAUUAACUUGAGUGAUAUUUGUCCUUCAAAUUUUUCCCCUAAUUACAGUACCAACUGGCUUAAAGAGCUGAUUAAUUAGCCCAAAUAUACUACUGAUUAAUUGCUGCCCCAUGCAAUAGGUGGUUCCAUUUCAACAUUUCUACAUAUAUCCUUAUCUUUAAUGUUUGUUCGCCAUUUCCUGAGCUACAAGCUCAAAACUUUCAUACCAUUAAACCUCCCUUGCUGCCAUAGCUUUGAACGUUAUAUUUCCCGCCGCACGAGCAAACCCUCCAAAUCACCUCAGGUUGUCUACAACUGCAACAUCAGGAUCAAUGAGCUGGCACGAGAAGGUAAACUCCAAUCUGCUCAGAAGGUGUUUGAUGAAAUGUUACACAGAGAUGUUGUUUCUUGGAAUUCAAUGAUUACAGCCUACUGGCAAAAUGGGUGUCUCAGUGAAUCAAAGAAACUGUUUUUAUCAAUGCCUGAGAGGACUGUAGUGUCUUGGAAUUCUAUGAUCGCAGGUUGCGUGGAAAAUGAUAGCAUUGAUGAUGCUUACUUAUAUUUUAGCACUAUGCCUGAGAAGAAUGUUGCAUCGUGGAAUGCAAUGAUUUCGGGUUAUGUUAAACAUGGUAUGGUGGAGGCGGCGGCGAGGUUGUUUGAUGAGAUGCCUAGAAAGAAUGUGAUUUCUUAUACUGCAAUGAUCGAUGGGUAUACGCAGAAAGGUGAGAUUGACAAGGCAAAGUCACUUUUUGACCGUAUGCCACAAAAAAAUGAGGUUUCUUGGACUGUGAUGAUUAAUGGGUAUGUAGAGAACGGGUGUUUCGAUAAGGCAAAAGAGUUGUUUGAAAAGAUGCCAGCUAAGAAUAAGCAUGUUGUUGCGACUACAGCUAUGGUAAUUGGGUAUUGCAAGGAGGGACGGGUGGAGGAAGGAAGGAUUUUGUUUGAUGGAAUACUAUGUAAAGAUAGUGUUGCUUAUAAUGCCAUGAUUUCAGGUUAUGCACAAAAUGGAGUAAAUGAAGACGCACUCAAGUUACUGGUUGAGAUGCUUAGGGUGUCUCUUCGACCAGAUCAGUCUUCAUGUGCUUCAGUUCUUUCUGCAUGUGCUGCUCUUGCAUCUCCUUUAGUUGGUAGACAAACUCAUGCAGUUGUCAUUAAAUUUGGGGUAGACUCCGUCGUCUCCAUAUGUAAUGCUCUAAUUACUAUGUAUAGCAAAUGUGGCAGCAUUUUUGAGUGUGAGUUGACUUUUGAAUUAAUAACAAGUCCAGACCUUGUCUCUUGGAAUACUAUAAUUGCUGCCUUUGCCCAACACGGGUUGUAUGCGAAAGCAGUUGCAUAUUUGGAGCAAAUGGUUCUCAGAGGAUGUGAACCAGAUGGUAUAACAUUCCUCAGCUUAUUAUCUGCUUGUGCCCAUGCAGGGUUGGUUAGUGAGAGUAUUUCUUGGUUUGAUUCAAUGGUAAAAAACUACAAAAUUACUCCAAGACCGGAGCAUUAUGCUUGUUUAAUUGAUAUACUUGGCCGAGCUGGUCAGCUGGACAAGGCUUACAACAUUAUACAAGAGAUGCCUUUUAAAGCUGAUUUAGCUGCUUGGGGUGCCCUUCUUGCUGGCUGUCGCGCUCAUUCCAAUGUAGAACUAGGGCAGCUUUCUGGAGAGAAAGUCAUGGAAUUAGGUGGUGAUAGUUCAGGGCCUUACAUUAUGUUAUCUAAUAUAUAUGCUGAAGCAGGUAUGUGGGAGGAGGUUACAAGAGUGAGAGGCUUGAUGAAAGAACAUGGCAUCAAAAAGAAACCGGCAUAUAGUUGGACGGAGAUUGAAAAUAAGGUACAUUAUUUUCUGGGAGGGGAUAUCUCUCAUCCAAAUAUUCAAGAAAUCCGUACAGCACUCAAGCAGAUGAACUUGCAGAUGAAAUUCCAGGAAAAAGUUCUGGAUUUCACCGACUUUUACUUCCUGGAUGAACUGGAAUGCGCAUGUAAUUAACAUAUCUAUGUCCUGUAAACUAUUCAAAUUUGGCAAAAUUUGGACUCUCCCUGAAAGUUCAGGAUCACUACUGCCUGAAAUGCUCAUUUAGCACCAAGUUCUUGUCCAAGCAAAAUGAAACUUUUCCACCAGGAGCACAAUGAUCGUCUUUAAAUAGGCAGAAGCAGAAUGGUCAUUCUUAUGCGAUUUCUGGGGAACUGAUAGACUUUGGCGAUCAGAGUUUAGACCAUGGAAGCUGGAAGAUUAUGAAAGGUAAUUGUGAGCUGAUCUCCCAUUUUUCAUAUUGUUUGGUAAUAAUCGCUCUUGGAUGAUACAGAAAUGUAGGGGCUGUAGUCCAUGAAUAGAGGAAACAACAACAAUAAACCCAGUGUAAUCCCACAGGUGGGAGAAAGAAGGAGGCGGAUAAAAAGGGAGGCGGCGAUUUGUCAUUUGAACACUGCACUAUUCAGUAACAAUAUUUCUCUAACUAUAACCUUAGAGAAAGGUUUUAUACUCUCUCCUGAACCACUCCUCCCCUCCUCCUCCGACAAUAAUUACUAUUAUUACCUUUCCUUUAUCUCAAUUUACAGUAUGUUAUUUUUUUAA